CGGUGUCGUGAACGGGGCCGCAACGCGCAGGGAGCUGGUUGACGGCCGGGCCUCCAUUUUGUUCGCGGCUGCUCUGCGCCUGACGCCGACCCUACGGUCCCCGGAGGAGCGAGGAGGAUGCGGCCCCUGGACAUCGUCGAGCUGGCGGAGCCGGAGGAGGUGGAGGUGCUGGAGCCCGAGGAGGACUUCGAGCAGUUCCUGCUGCCCGUCAUCCACGAGAUGCGCGAGGACAUCGCGGCGCUGACGCGCGAGCACGGGCGCGCCUACCUGCGCAGCCGGAGCAAGCUGUGGGAGAUGGACCACAUGCUCGUGCAGAUCCAGACGCAGGUGGAGGCCUCGGAGCAGAGC